AUGAGCGGCUACGACCCCAAGAAGGUCUACAUCGGCGGCUGCACGUCGGCGACGGAGGAGGCGCUGAGCGCGACGUUCCAGCACUACGGGACCAUCGACCGGCUGUGGGUCGCCAAGUCGCCGCCGGGCUUCGCCUUCGUCUGGUUCGGCGACGAGCGCGACGCCGCCGACGCCGUCGCGGGCCUCGACGGCACGGAGAUCGGGCCGGACCGCGUCACGGUGGCCAUCGCCAAGGGCAAGGGCGACCGCGCGCCGCGCGACGGCCCCGGGAGCGGGCGCGCG